UUCAACGACCUGGGAGAGAGAAGAAAACACUGAACAGUCGACGAAGCAAAAUUCUCCACGUAAAGAUUCGAUUUUUUUUGGGUCCAGUUCGCUCGCUCCAGUCCUCCAAAGCGCCUUCCUUCCUUUCUUCCAUGAACUUGCUACUUCCAGUGUGACUUGACCCCCCUUUGAGCUCCCAUUUCUCCUCCCAAAUCUCGCGAUUCUUCGCCGCCGCCGCCGCCGCCGUUGUCUUCUUCGUCGUCGUCAUGGCCUUCAAUUCCUGGUUCAGCCGCUUGAUGCGCGCCUCUUCGUCUUCCAGGGCCGUCCUCGACGGUUUCCGCGGCCCCGCGCUUUCCCGGGGCCGUCAUCCGUGUACGGCCCGGAGGGCGCUCGCGGCGACCGCUGCCGGGCCCGGCGGAAGCGGAAGCGACGACCGUCGGUUCUGGCUGUGGUCGAGCGCCUUGGUCCCGCUCGCGGUCGCGGCGUCGGCCGGAUCACUCGCUCUUCGGUCCUCUCCGGAGCCGUCGCUCUGCGAGGCUCCCGUUCUCGAUGCUGGAGGUGUCAAGGUCGGGGGCAAAGGCAGCACGGCAUAUCUGGUGAAAGGCUCUCAUAAGGAGGUUCCACAAGAGCUCAUUGACGAACUUGUGGCCAUCUGUGGGGAAAACGUGACAAUGGAUUAUGAAGAGAGGUUUUUUCAUGGAAAGCCUCAAAACAGUUUUCACAAAGCAGUGAAUAUUCCUGAUGUUGUUGUUUUUCCCAGGUGUGAGGAGGAAGUCUCCAAGAUCGUCAAAUCUUGCAACGAACACAAGGUUCCGAUCGUGCCAUAUGGUGGAGCUACGUCAAUUGAAGGUCACACAUUAUCCCCCAAUGGUGGUGUUUGCAUUGAUAUGACAUUGAUGAAAAGGGUCAAAGUAUUGCAUGUUGAGGACAUGGAUGUUGUUGUUGAGCCUGGCAUUGGUUGGAUGGAGCUUAAUGAGUAUUUAGAACCUUAUGGCUUAUUCUUUCCUCUGGAUCCAGGUCCUGGCGCAACUAUCGGGGGUAUGUGUGCUACUCGUUGCUCGGGUUCUCUGGCUGUGAGGUAUGGAACUAUGCGUGACAAUGUUAUCAGCCUUAAGGUAGUUCUGGCCAACGGAGAUGUUGUAAAGACUGCUUCUAGGGCUCGAAAAAGUGCUGCAGGGUAUGAUUUGACCCGCCUGGUUAUUGGGAGUGAAGGAACUUUGGGUGUCAUAACAGAAGUCACCCUACGACUUCAGAAACUUCCACAGCAUUCAGUGGUUGCAAUGUGUAACUUCCCCUCUGUGAAAGAUGCAGCAGACGUUGCUAUUGCCACUAUGCACUCGGGCAUACAGGUAUCAAGGGUUGAGUUAUUGGAUGAGGUCCAAAUCAAGGCUGUUAAUCUUGCUAAUGGGAAGAAUUUGCCUGAACUCCCCACAUUGAUGUUUGAAUUUAUUGGCACAGAGGCUUAUUCACUCGAGCAAACAAAUAUUGUCCAGAAGAUUGUUUCUGAGCACAACGGCUCGGACUUUGUUUUUGCAAAGGAUCUUGAAGCCAAGAAGGAACUUUGGAAGAUAAGAAAGGAAGCUCUAUGGGCUUGCUUUGCUAUGGAACCCACUUUCGAGGCUAUGAUUACGGAUGUUUGCGUUCCUUUGUCAUAUCUUGCCGAACUAAUAACAAGGUCCAAACAAGAGCUGGAUGCAUCACAACUUACCUGCACUGUAGUUGCUCAUGCCGGUGAUGGAAACUUCCACACUGUUGUUUUGUUUGACCCUAGUGAAGAUGAUCAGCGGCAGGAAGCAGAGAGAUUGAACCAUCUCAUGGUCCACACGGCCUUGUCAAUGGAAGGGACAUGCACUGGUGAGCAUGGUGUUGGCACAGGGAAGAUGAAGUAUCUCGAAGAGGAACUCGGGAUGGAGGCUCUGAGGACCAUGAAGAAAAUAAAACAAGCUGUGGAUCCAAACAACAUCAUGAACCCAGGAAAGCUGAUUCCUCCCCAUGUAUGCUUUUGAAACCUUUUCAAAUAAACAUUAUGUAUCGUUAAAGUAUAUGAGUUAUCGAUGUAUGCAUAGAAAAUUGAUGUCGUGUCAUCUUGUUGACGAAAAUGAUAAUACAUCCUGCUCUCCUCCUUCUAA